GACCUCACGUAGCUACAGUAUCUACAGCAAAUGGACAACAUCUGGAACCUAUCCCAUGUACCUGGCUGGGAUGCGAGGCACACCCUGGAAUGACUGCCAUUCAAUUACAGUGCACAUGUAGAUAAGCAGCCAUUCAGUCUACUAAAUCUACCACUUGCCCCUGUCGAACAACCUGUUCAUAUAUAUCGUGUAUCCUGAAAGAAUACAUUUUUAUUAGUGUUAUUACAAAAAAUUGUGUCUCCCUCCCCCAACCACAUGAAAAAGGUUUUAUUGAAAGUUUUGAAACGCUAUUAAAACAGUACAUUCCUGAUGCGCCUUUAGCAACAAUUGAAUAUGAAGAUGCCCAUUCCUUCUUCCACCGCUCAUUCUCCAUCAAUUGCAAUCGAUUUUCAUCCGUCUCUGUACAUUACUGCCUUCUGACUAUUCGUCUGCCAGUUUUUGAAACUACAGUCGCUCCCCCACACACGCACAAGUUUUAUUAAUAAAAACGGUCUCAAGGAAACUAAUCAAUAGUUGCUAUUCUCUUUCAUGCGCAUGUAUUAAUCUUUAAUCGAAUAGUUGAGCCAUCACAACUGCAGGUGGCAGUAGUGUGUCAAAAAGAGAGUUUGUUCUGCUGGGAAAAAAUAAGUUGGGCAAAACUCGUAAAGUUUUACUUCCACUACUUUUUGAUGUCGCUUCCAGUCGUCGGUAUCGGUAUGUAACUUUUUUUGUAAAAUAAACUCGCGUGAACUGCGAAGUCGAGUGUAUGAAAGGGUGAAUGAUUAGUUCGACCGAAACGCAAGCAGUCGACUCGACGUAAAGGCGCCAUGUUCAAAAUGCUACAAGGCUACUUUUUGACAUUUUGGCUUUUUCGUCGCGACGAACAAACUGAAACACACCAGAACGUGUCUACACAAUGUUUCGUUUAGUCAUGAAGCGAGAUCUCAAACACGAGCAGGACGGCAGAAAAAGGAGCAGGUGUAUGCAGACAGAGCGGAAGAUGCCCCAUCUUCAGUGUGAAGCUGAUAUGUUGGCAACGGGUGAUAAGGUGCCAAAGACUUCAUCAUUCCUGCAGCAGUCACGUGUAUCAUCCGAGCAAACUCUGCACAGCCUUUUGCGGGACAUCCAAGCAUCCAAUACAGCAUUCCCAGUCCAAGGUGUGUUUGGAACACUGCAGAGGAAAGCCAGAGAGAGGGUACCAGAUUCUGGAAUGACAGGGGCAAAGCACUUGGAUUUGAAGAAGAAACAGGACGGCUCAGAGAAGGCCUCCAAAAGCCUGAGGUCUAAUAUCUUCACUGAAGAUACGGCUAAUUCCAACCUCUCAACGAAGUAUUCGGUCGAAACGCGUCCCAAAGCGAGCAGGCUGAGCCGCACUCGGAGACUUAAGCAGCAGGUUGCGAAUGGAAGCGGGAGAAUUAUUUACACAGAUCAUGACGAAACGCUUGAAAUUAUGCGAAAAGUGUCCAGUUGGGAGGAUGAGCUGUGGACAGACAAGUACAGUCCUCAAUGUGCAAGUGAACUUAUUGGCAAUAUCCUCCAAGUGAACAAACUGCACAGUUGGUUGACAAUGUGGAAACGGUGGAUCAACUGCAAUGAGAAUAGGAUCGUGGAGCAAAUAAAAAAUGAAGAAAAGAGCAGAGGAAGCAUUUGUACUCAAGAUUCGUGGGAUUGUGGAGACUUCCAGGGUGAGGUUGGCUCCGCGGACAACCAUGAAAAGCCGCCGUGGAAUACCAUGCUGAUCACGGGUCCUUCAGGCGUGGGCAAGACUGCAUCAGUGUACGCCUGCGCUCAGGGGCUCGGCUUCAAGGUAUUUGAGGUGAACUCUUCCUCCCAACGUAAUGGGCGCCAGCUUCUGUAUCAGCUGAAAGAAGCGACCCAGUCCCACCUUGUGGAGACGGCCGGGAAGGACCCGCUGAGACCGGCCUACUUUCACAACUACGGCACCAGAGGCUGCUCCUCUAAAAGGCAACAUUUAGAUGGAGGCAAAUUGCCACCUCCCAAGAAAAUGGCCCCCAGCUCAAGAAAGCAGACCUCUGGCCGCCGCGGAUGCACAGGAAAGGAGAGUCCAGCCGCGGUCACUCUGACAAACUUCUUUAAGACGAAGGCCAAAGCAGAUCACCUGUGCAAUCUGUCGCCAGCGGAGACAUCGCAUGACAAACUGAAACUUGGGCCUGAGCAUCAAGCGAGACCGCAGAACAAAAAAGGAGCUAUGUCGCUAAUCCUGUUUGAGGAGGUUGAUGUCAUAUUUGAAGAGGAUGUCGGUUUCUUGGCAGCCGUCAAGACUUUCAUGAUGACGACAAAGAGGCCAGUUGUUCUUACCACUAACGAUUCUACAUUCAGAGAGCGAUUCAGCAGCAGCUUGGAAGAAGUUGUUUUUAAGACGCCAUCAGCUGUGAACGUCUGCAGCUACCUGCAGCUUCUAUGUUUGGCCGAGGGCGUGAAAAUGGAGAUUGACGAUGUGAGAAGCCUCAUCACACUCGCCAGGGGUGACGUCAGACGUUGUCUCCUCCAGCUCCAGUUGUGGGUGAAAAGUGUUCAAGGCAUCAAUGUAGAAGGGGAAGUUCUCAGGCUUCCCCAACCUAGUGCAGGCUGCACUGCGAGCAUGCUGGGUCUUCAUCCUGUGAGUCAAAACCAUCUGCUGAACCUUCUGAAGAAUCUGUCGACUGAACCUGACGUGAACAAGCUGGUAGAGAGCUGGAGAAGAGAUGUUCCUCUACUGUACACCAACCUGGAGAUGCUUAUACCCAUGAGGUCCCACCAGCAAACUCCAGUGCUCCGGUCUAAGCUGGCGGCAGCGGACAUCAACCCAGUGAGGGAUGGAUUUGGGUUUCGCAGCAUGAUGGGAACCGGAUCCCGUUUGACACGCAGAUCAGAAAGAUGCUCCCACUCUCGGAAGACGACGCUGCAUCACAGGACUGAACAAGGCGCCGCCAGUGUAGACUUGAAAUGUUUGAAUGGUCUGGCUGACUUUUUUGACGUCAUGUCGUACAUCGACGCCACGGUCGCAACAACAGAAGCGCUCGAUCCAGUGACAUGCACAAGGGACUUUGUCUGGACUGGAGCUGACAUUAAAGACGGUUUAUUCGAUGAAACGAGCGAGGAGGAAGUGCGGAGUCACAGCCGGGAGAGACUCUUGGAAAUUCGGGCAACUGCGGAGGCUUUGGGGUGUCGCGGGUGUUGGAGUCACAUGUCGGACGUUGAAACUGAAGCACAGAUGCGCAGACCGGAACUUGGACAAACACACCUCACUCGUCAACCUCCAGCUGACCCAAUCAUGUGCUAUAGGAGGUACAAGAUGAGCCAAGCGGUGCUGAGCAGUCAGCACUUUGGCCUGCUGGGAAACAGGCAGGCUGUAUGCGUUGAUUACCUACCAGCCCUCCGCUCCAUCAGUCGCUCUACAAGGCAGCAAGAGGACGAGCCAUCCCGGUGUGUGAACUACCUCCGAAGUUUACACCUGGGCCUCUCCAAGUCAACACUCCAACUCCUGGCCCAGGAUUUCUCCAGUUCUAAUUUGACAGCCUAAAAAAAAAAAAAUUCACUAUUUAUUUUCCACUCAGCCUAUUUACUCGAAACUGUCAAAAUUCAUGUUGAGACAGCUGCUGGAAUUAUGUGCAACCCUGAAUCCUAAAUACAUUUUUUUAACUGUUCAAGCACUGAGGUCACUUUCCUUUAUUGCACAAUGUACAACGUAGACACACACACACACA